AUGCCUCGUCUCCUCAAGCUAGGAACUUCAUUGCUUGGCCUCUCAGCCGCUGCCUCGGCCAGUCCUCAUGGGCUUGCGAAGCGUGAUGAGUGCGAGACCUUGAGACAGGUGAAAGCAUGGACGAACUUUACUUCGACCGAAAAGUCGGCAUAUAUAGAUGCUGCAUUGUGCUUGACCACUGCUGAGCCCACGAUUGGCCUCGGCGAUUCGGCUACAGUGUGGCAGGAGAUGCAGUACGCGCACAUUGGCCAAGUCACCUGGAUUCACAAUGUCGGCCAAUUCCUUCCAUGGCACCGGUACUUCGUCACCGUCCACGCCAACUUCCUGCGUGAUCUGUGCGGCUACGAAGGUCCUCUCGCUUAUUGGGACGAGAGUGCCGAUGCUCAGCUCACGGACCUCACGGAUGCCGAAAUCUUCCAAGCGGAUGCCUUUGGUGGUGACGGCGUUGGGUCGUCAAAGUGCAUCGAAGACGGGCCCUUUGUGGACACCGUUCUUCAUCCCGUAAACACCACCGGUAGCGGUGGAAACAGCUCCGCGACAAACGGCAACACCUGCAUCUGGCGCUCCCUCUCGCUUAACAGCUUGGAUCGCUCUUCCUAUGUCAAUGUCGAGACGUGCCUCGAAAAAGACACGUGGGAGGGUGCCUGGAACUGCAUCGAGGGUUCCCCACACGGAGGCGGCCACGGAGGCGUCGGCGGUGUCAUGCUCAACGUGGCCAACAGCCCUGGCGACCCCCUCUUCUUCCUGCACCACUCUUUUAUCGACUUGCUCUGGUGGCGCUGGCAGUCCGCCGACCUCGAUACCCGCCUGACCGAGAUUAGCGGCAUCAACUCGCAGUCUCAGUCGUCGUGUGACCGUCAAGGCCUUCCCUGCGCCGGGCCCGAGAUUCUCGACUAUGACGGCGAUGAUGGCAACCAGACGACGCUGAACCACGUCCUUUGGAUGAUGGAUCUCAGCCCCAAUGUCACUGUCGCCGACGUCAUGAACACCAACAGCAGUUCAGUGUGCCUUGAGUAUAUUUGGUAA